AUGACGUUAGAUUUAAUAUCAAAAAGUUUAGAUUAUGUUGAUAGAGAUAUUAACAAAGAUAAUUAUCAUUUGUCUGUUAAAAAUAAAAAAGGAAAUGAUGUUAAAAGUAAAACUAAAAGAGUAUCUCGUUGUACCACAUUAAAUGAAGCAAGAAAAAUGUUUAAAUCAUCAGCUAUUGAAUGUACUUUUGAUGAGAAGACUGGGGAUAUUGUUAAAAGAAAAAAGAAAAAUACAGAUAAUGAUAAUAUUAGUAAUAUUUUAUCUACUAAAAGAGCUAAAAAGGGAGAGUGUUUAAUUGACCAAUAUCGUACUAUUAAUAAUAUUGAUGAAAAAUUUGAAGAUGAUGAGUUGACUGAUAAUGAUAAUUGUGAAGAGAAAUUGGAUAUUGACAAUAUAAACACAAUUGUUAAAUUUGUUUAUGAAGAAUCUAACAAUAGAAAAAAAGCCUUAAAAACAUUACAUAGAUCUCAACAUGGUAGAAAACGUGUCCACAUGAAAACAACCUCAAACUCAAUUUUUAAGGACUCUGAUUUCGAAGAGAUAUCUAAAAAAAACAAUACAAUUAUUUUAAAUUCCAAAGCUAAAAAGUUAACUUCUGAAGAAGAAAUCAAAAAAGCACUUGGUAUUAAAAGAUAA